AUUUUCUUAUGGCGGAAAUGUAGUUAUUGUUGUAACGCGACAUGCUUUGAUGAGUUUUUCAUUUAUUUUGUCGUGUUAUGGCGGCUGAUGUGCUGCAACGUUUCCAUCCUGGCAUCGCAAAGUUUGUAAAAGCACUGCUGGAUAAUGGAGGGUUUGGAGUUUGCGGCGAAUUACCUAAAGUUUCCGAUCCAAAAACAAGGUAUGGAAUUGGCGAAUCUUUACACACAUGAUUAUCAUUUCUAAUGAAUCGAAAUGAAAGUGAGGAUAGAUGUCGUCGAUAGUUACUUCCUAGCACAACUAAAUGUCUUAUUAACAACAGCAAAUAUUUUUGUUUCGAAAUACCAUUCCCUUUUUUGAGAAAUUGUUGUAGAAACAUUCUUCUUGGACGCGAGUGCAAUUUUAACGCUUGCAUUAUGACACUCGUUAAUUUCCUGUUGUUUUUUACAGCUUGUCAUAUCCAUGCGACACCAUCAGAUCUUGCGACCGGUUCAAAGUAUUGAUUCCAUAUGCUGGUAGAACACUAAGAUGUAAGGAUGUUCAUGUUUUACCUGUAUAACUAGUACAGAACAUGUGUUUUAGAGUUGUAUUAUAACUUGCUAUGUUCUACACAAAAAAAAGACAAUCAGAGGUCUGUAAACAGGCUAAGAUAUUCAAAUGGUUCAUUUUCAUUAGGAAUUUUACAUGAUUAUCUUUACCAACUUUAUUUUAAUUUAAUUUUCAGGGGAGGUAUUAUUUAAUCAGGCGCAACCAGAUUUUCCACCAGAUUUUAUUUUUGGAACACAAGAUCAGGAGUUUGUUCCCAACAUUGAGGAGCUUAAGGUGACAAUUUACUGUCACUAUAGUUACAAUGUAAAUGCAUCCCAGUAUUCAAAUAAAAUUAACUAUUCUAUCAAUUUGUGGUGAGAACUUUGGAGUGAAUUAGAAAUGGAUUUAGUGAACGUCAAAAAAGAAAUUUGACUGCUGGGUACAUAAUAUUCUCUUUGUCAGGGUUGUGCUCUUAUAAAAAUUGAAGGGAGCCAAUUGCUCUGAACUUGUGAAAGCCAUGGUGCUCAGCGUAUGAUUUCUAUGAAAAAAAGCUAUGAUUUUCUGGUUGCCCAGGAGCACCCACAGGGACCACCAGGUGUUGGUAUAGCACAGCCUUGUCUAUUCUCAAAACUGAUCGAAGUGCUUUUAUUAUCGUAAAUACAAAAAUGAAUAAUGGGCAGAUCUACAGCUUAAAUUAAUGGUAGGCCUGCUAUCUGGCUAAAACGUUCAGUAUUUUGAUGUCUCAGGGUUUCUGACAGGUAGAUUUUUAAGUAAAGUUGUUUUAGGGUUGCUCUGUUACAAGCCUCUCUCAUUGGUACAGGUUGUUUAAACAAAUCCUAUAUAAUACUGUUGUACUAUGCUGAGAAAAAAGGUCACACUAACAGUUUUCAUCAUUUAGCGAAGCCUAUGGGCCGAACCAACAUGAACCAUUACCAAGGCUAUUAUAAAUCAAUCAUUCCUUUGAUUUUUUUGCUGUUGUUGUUUUGCUUCAGUCAUUUUGUUCCCUCAUCCAUUUGCCUGCUCCAAACUUUUUUUCUUAUCCAUAGACUCUAGAAAACUGGGAUGCAACGGAUCCUGAAAGCUUGUUAAACCUGAUCAAAGAACUUGUCAUUCAAUACAAGGAACACCAGAAAAGACAAGUUAAAGAAAUCCCAAGGAUUGAGUUUGAAUACAGUACACUUGAAGCUGACACAAAAUAUCCUGAAUUUGAAGUGCAUGUUAUCAAAGGCCAACAGGUGGGCAAUAGUUACACGAGCAUAGCGUUCAUAUACUCACAUACGCCCGUGCGUACAGCUGAAAUCCUGGCAAAUUUUUUGUAUUUUUCCUUGAAAGCAUUUUUAUCAUUAAAUCAGGAUGACAGAUAAAUUUUAUCGCAUUAUAUUAGCGUAUUUGCUUGUAACCAGCACUUGAUGGCACCAUUGUCUUACCCUUUAUUUUUUUCCGUAAACACUGUACCUGUCAUACCAAUAACUAUAUGGGUAAAAGAAACAACUGCAUUUCCCUUUGUAUUUAUUUAUGGAAAAUGCCCUGCGGAAAGGGCUGGAAGUGACAUUGCCGAGAAACUAAAUUCAGAAAUUUUCUGGAGGAGCACCCUAGUUUGAAGUGCCUUCAGCACUCUAACUUUUCUUCGCGGGCAUACACCUUCAAAAUAUCACGCUACGCCUCUGAGUUAAGUAACGUAAAUGUAGAACUUUCUCUAAUGCUUUCUUUUGGUAAUAAUGUUUAUUUUUCUGCUGAUUAUUUUUGUUGUUGUUGUUGUAUUAGCAUGUUGAAACAGUAGUGAACUUUAUGAUCAAGCUUCCAGUUGACCUACGUGAAGUGCCACCAUACCUAAUUAGGGUGAGAAAUUCUUGUUAAUCAAUCAUUGUAUCUGGCUACAAUAAACAUUAGUCUUCAUAUUAAGAUCUCUGCAAUUCUUCCCUGGCAUCAUUCAGAGGUCUGUUUUUGAAAUAUAUGACAAAUAACCCAUGCAUACGAUUUGAUAAAGUUCCUGAGACAGGAAGAAUUAUCAGGAAUAAGGGGAAAUCAUGGCCCAGGGUUAUACUACUGCAAUUGCUACAAUCCUGAAAAAUGUCCAUAGAUUGUUCUCAGUGAUUGUCAAAUUGCUGAACUAUUUUUUAGUGAUCCUUGAAGUUUUAACAAUCCUCUCAGCAAUUUCGUGGAAACCAGGCAUGUCAAAAGUUCAACAGUCUAAGAAUUUCAUCUAUUAAUUGUACGCUUUAUGAAUACAUUGAUAAGGACCAGGCACAAGUUUUAAAUGUUCAUUCCUACCAGGGUUUUAUCUAGGGUUUUGAGGGGUAGAAGCUUUCCCCCCAAAUGCCCAGCUUCCCCCAAAAAAAUAUGGUUAUCAUUACAGUAUAUAAGUAACUAUAUCGGAAAAAUCAUCCAGACGCGACGAGGUCAGUGCACAUUUCUCAAAAUUGGGUCUCAAAAUGCACCAGAUUGCAUCUCAGUGCAUAUUCAUUUCAAAAAAUUUGCAGGGGAGCAUGCCCCCGGACCCCCCUAGGAAGCUCAUGGCCUUCGGCCACUCGGGAAUUCUCCCUCAAACGAUAAAUCCGAGAUAGAACCCUGCCUACUUUUUUUUUUUUCCGCAUUGUUAGGAUUGUCCAGGAGAUGACAUGGCCUGCUUAUUGGUGUCCUAUGCUUCCCUUAAUGGAGAAAAUGUCACACCAACACUUCUGCUAUCACCAAGAGUAGAAAGGUGACACAGUGGUUGCAACAUUGGAACAAUGUUAAUCCUUAAAUCUGAAUAUGCAAUUAGAGCAGAGCGGUAGCAAUAUUGUGUUAAUGUUAAUCCCACUCUGCCACAUAGGAGGGAUCAUUAUGCUUACCAAAUUUUGUUCUCAAUAUUUAUGUUGAUCAAGUAUUGGUACCAACAUUCAUUUUAAUCAAAUUUGAAUACCUGACACUUUUACCUAGCAGUUGCCAGGUCACAAAAAAGUUUGACCGAGUUAAUAUUAUUUUGUGUCGGGUGUUAUGUCUUAGAUUGAAGCUAGUUGUCAGGUCAUUAUGGAAGGUUUGGGGCUCAAAGUAGGACGUUUGUAACACCUUCAUAAUGUAGUGCUCAAAACUGUUGUGUAUUUAUAUAUUUUUAGCUUUAUGUCAAACAGCAGUAUAGGUUAUUUUAUUUAAGCUACCUGUUCAUCAUUUUUUAAUUGAAAUCAAUUAAAAUACCAAUAAAUUGUCUUUCUGUAGAGCAUUCGGUGGCUCAAGUAACUUGCGCAUACCUCAUUGGGGUGGAAUUCAUGGGUGCCUGUUUGAAUACCUCCCUCUUAUUCAGGAACUCUUUGCAGAAAGGGUGAGUCUGCUAUUGUAGUUUUUUUCCUUCAAUUGCCAACUUUUGUAAUAUGGGCCAGUAGUUGAGUUGGCCGUAUUGAUUAAAGAGGAUCAUGUGGUAGAGAGAAAACUUCAUUCUCUCCUGUACAAACUGAUUAUUUUUCAAAAAUUUUUAAACACAAGGGAUUUAACUUUUUACAGUUGUAGCGUUCAUCGAACAGCUCAUUUUCCUUUAUGUUUGUAAGUUUUUCAUUUUAGUCCCUGCGAAGCUCAUUCUUAUCCUUUGUAUCUUAUCUUUUGUUUUUUGUUUGUGAGGUUGAGCAAGUUUGUCAGGCAUUCCAGAAACGAAGAGAAUACGUAGCAGCUUUUUUGAGUGCGUUUGGAAGGUAAGAAACCAGGUCGCGUUUAUAGUCUUUAUAGUAAACUGCCUGCAGCCACUGAGGGUCGGCCCGUUCACGAGCAAGUAGGAACUUUAAGACCCAACGACGCGAACGGUAACGAGAACGUCAAAAAAACAAAAGGUUUAAUAAGCAAAACAACAACUUUGCACGUGUAUCACGCUUUUUUGUACAUUUCUUUCCUGUUUUUGCACGACUUCGACGUGACAAUGCCUAAUUUUGAGUUUUAAGGAGGUAAACAAGCAACGACGAAAUUUUAUUUCUCUCUCUGAGCUUGAAUAAGGUCACUUGAAAUUCAACUUCAGGAGGGUUCGCCUACAUUUGACAAAGUAAGUGGGUAGGAAUAAUCGCUGUAAAGACUAAAAGAACGCAAAUUCACUUUUUAAGCGACGUUCUCUUUGCUGUCGGCGUCGUUGGAUCUUAAAGUCCCUGCUUGCGAGUGAGCGGACAACUUUGAUGACAGCGGAAAGAGGGGAUUGUACUCUCUUAGGUAAUUAUUACGUGCAAACGUACUUAACUUUUACUCGCGUUAAUAAAAUAGAGGACAUGUAUGACAGGUCGCGCGUAAACUUAAAAGUUGAACCUCGCUCAACUUUUACAUUUACUCGAGACCCUUUGUACAUUGUCUCUACUUUAUUUACGUGCGUAAAAGUUAUGUGCCCAUGCACAUAAAAAUUACGCAACAGUGGAACCUGCCUAGCUAAACGGGUGCUUGAGAGAAGAAAUUGGGCACACGACGCGCGCAGCUGGGAGGCGCGAAGCGGGUCGUGCGAUUCCACUAGCUUUAAAGGAGAAUUCUUCUAUAGCCGACGUGUUUAAAUAAUGGCGCCCACUUCCAUCUUUACAUUUUACCUCCGCUUGUUUCUUCCCUCCCGUCUUCGACACCCUGACAGGGUCUUGCCCACUGAAAAACGGACGCUAGCAAUCUAGAGAUCCAAAAUCUUAACCACAGAGUAUCGGGAGAUCUUGGCAAUAUUUGCGAGGGGUGGGGGCAUUAUUUCUUUGAAGCAAAACCCUUGAGAACAGUUGUUAGUUGAUCAACUGACCGGGUUCAACGUGUGCAGUGAAGGAAGACAUUCGAAAAGUGCCAUAUCCAGGAGAACAAUUAAGCUUCGUCAAGCCUGUUUGAAAGAGCAAGACAUGAUGUCGGACUUAUUACUCCAAAAGUGAGAGCCAGACUUGCCAAUACCUGUUACGUCUGCCCGACAUUCCACAGUUCACGCAUCACAAUACUGUAGAAUGGAUGACCUUAUUUUAUGGUUCUUUAAUCUGCAGCUCCAUAUUGGAAUAUGAUGCAGAGGGCUUCAUGAAGCUCUCUUUGUUAUUUCAAGUCCAAGGAUUCUUUUGCAUCGUUCAUAGUAAGUGCGUUUGGUCUUAUUAUAAAUUUUUUUAGUAAUCGCUCCAUUCAUUGCAUGAUUGCAUGGUUUGGUGGCUGUAUCCAAACCUGUGUUUCCAUCUGAGAGUGUGGUUGGUGCUUGAAUGCUGAAUGGUGGUGCGCUAGAAAUUUAACACCCGGAACUGAAUCGCGGCUAAGUUUCUGAUUGUUGACGCUUUGUUGAACUGUUAUGACAGUCACUUGAUGUGAAAAAAGUAUUUGAAAACACCUGUGGCUGUAGUUAAUCAUUAUCUACACACUGCACCAACUCAAAGGUUCGUUUUAAGAUAACUGACUGAUAAAAAAGUUUGCAAACCAUGGAUUAAGUACCCUACGUUGAAUCUAAAGGAAUUACCAAGAGUUGUCAGACCAUUUUUAAAUAAGACCGCACCCCUCGCCCCCAAAAAAGUGGUUGGAAAAAUCAGUCCCCUUCGGGGAGGGCUUAAUAUUACAGAGAUUAGGCUGGAGUUCUUGGCUUGCGUAGUUCAGGAAAAGUAAUCUGGAGAAAAGUCUCAUUAUUAUUUCAUGCUGUGUUACCCAAUACAUUUCUACAGCACCAAGGGAAACACUUCCGACUGAUUUUCAUAAACAGUUACGCUUUAGGAUUCUAUCCUCAGUCUUGCAAACAGUUUACAAGCUCAGUCUUCAUUUGGAAGAGGAAAGACAAGGUUUUUUUUCGGUUUUGCAUGUAGUAAGCUACCUUGGGUGCUAGAGACUUUUCUAGCGCGGUUUCCGGUUUCUGUCAAGUCUUAAUAGUGACCCGCCCGUUUUUCUCGCGGCUUCGCCGCUCGUGGCUUCGGCUUACGGCCGAAGAUGUGCCCCGACACCGAAAAUUCCCGCCGCAGGCGAGAAAAACCUCUGGUACCCACGGUAGUAGUAAGCUGUCCCAAACCACUUUCCCAUCCUCCACGCUUGAAAAUAUUUCAAGUUCGAAACCUUUAUUAUUGUUCCGUUUUACUCUAAAAUUUAAGUUGAACUGGACAGGAACUUUCCUCAAGAACCACCAGCGUUUUAUCUUCAGUCGAUUUACCACGAAAAGAAUAAUCAACCAUACGAGAAGCUUGAGAUGGGUUACCCUUACAGCCCGCGCUGGUCUGGUGACGAGAUGGCAGAGAGAGCGAGGUAGGAACCGUUUCAAAGAACAUUACGAACGUUUACUCGGUAAUGGACUGAAACUAGCAUGUAAUCGAGGUUUACGUGGAAAAAUCGUGUGAUAUCCCUCUUUCCUCCUCGGAUGAACUUUGACCGCAGGCCUUUUUCAAUUCACUACCGAGAAACGAGUCGUUUAAGCGAAUAUUAUUAUUCACCUUUUAUUGGAAGAACGGGGUGCGCCAAAUUGAAGUUUCAUUUGCAAAAGUACACAUGGCGUCGUAUCAGAAACUUUGCGAACUUUUCCGAGAAGUUCACAAAGUACACUGACUACAGCCUCAGUAUCUAAAUUUAAAAUGCUGAAUUUAUCCUUUUUUUAUUUUUACCCCAGGCAUUUCCUGUUAGAAAAGAUACCAGCUUUCAAAGAGUCUUCGCUGAGUAAUGGGACAUUCUGAAGUUACACUGUUAGAUCUACAAUCAAAGCAGCGUUUACAAACACGAACUAAAUUACAAAAUAACGGUACCAGCAAGUUGCAUCGCCUAGCCGUUUAGCAACAAAAUUUUACACCUUCUGUCACAGCAAUGAAUGUCUCUAUGUGACAUUUAACAAGAAAACGCCAAUGGCCACAGUAAGCUGUGAUCCCAAGGUCCAUUGCUACACUCGUGGCAGUUGACCGACGCGCGAGGCUGACUAACAGACUAAACGGCAAUGAACGGUCGACGCCCCUUACUGCUGUAAGGAACUUAUCAUAGAAGUUUAUUAUUUUAAAGUACAGAAUAAUUGAAAGCGUUGCAGCGUUUUGCUUAGACAAUCUUGGUUUAGUAUAAGGGUCUUUCCUAUUGGUUAUCCUCUCUGCUUAUCAUCCUCAAAUUUAUCGUCCUCAAAUUGGGCGGGGGGGGGAAUACUCUUCUUAUUCAAGUCCACGCCAUUACGACCACGUAGUUUUAUCUGAAAUUAAUUAUCAUAAUUACCACUCCAAAACAAGCCCUUUCUAUAUGAAAAAUUAGCAAGUUUGAUCAAAGUAAAUAACACCCAGAUUUGUCAGAUGUGCCCUUUUCCCACCGACCCCUUGAUUGAUAAAGAAAUUACCACCGCGACGUGGAUAUGUCAUUAAAUAUUUGACAGUGAAAAUGACAAUCGUAGCUCAGAAAUAUUUUGCUUGGCUUUUAUAUCCUUCGUGGACCGUGCUCAAGGUUGGCUUCACUGUCGCCUUUAAAAGUACUAAUCCAACCACUUUUCAGGACCUUAUUUCUUGUUUUGAACGCCACAUUUAUACGGGGGAAGCUUCCUACUAAAGAGACUUGCUCGUGUAAAAGCAGUUUACCUUAAUAAGAAAUGUCGCUGCAUAAAUAAGGAAACCAUUUACCAAACUUCGCUCUUUUAUUUUUAGUAUCACUCUGGCAUAAACGCAAACCAAGUCGAAUCUAUUCCUAAAAGAAACCCAUUCCAGUCCAACAAAACUAUUGUGGGUGACGACAGG